AUGGCCGAGUACCGGGUGCGGGUCCGCACCGGCGCCGCUCCCGGCGCCGGUACCAGCGACGCCAUCGCCGUGACGCUGGUGGGGAGCCGCGGGAGCAGCCCCAGGACCCCGCUGGACCGAUGGGGACCCGACUUCCACUGCGGGGCGGUGACAGAGUACCGUGUCCCCGUCCCCCAUCCCCUGGGCCGCCUGUUGCUGCUACAGGUGCACAAGGGGCCCUGCGGGGGUCUCCCCGAGAGCUCCUGGUACCUGGAGAGCGUCACCGUGUGGGGACAGCGCGGGGACACCCCUGGGGACAGUGACAGUGACGGUGACAGCGACGGUGACAGCGAUGGUGACAGCGAUGGGGACAGCCGGGACGAGGAGGAGGAGGAGGAGGAGGAAGAGGAGGAGGAGCUGGAGGAGGAGCCUGAGGACAGCGCAGGUGACAUCAGCACUGCCAGCACAGGUGACACCGAUGACGUCGCUGACCUGGGGCCCUUCCACUUCCCGUGCUACCGCUGGCUCGAGGGGUACAACACCUGGGAGCUGCCCGAGGGUACAGCCACCACGCCGGCCAUGGAGCAACACCCGCGGCUGCAGCGGCAGCGCCGCCGACACCUGGUGCAACAGCGCCGGCGCUACAGGCUGGCCCCGUUUGCCCCCGGCCUGCCCUGGGCGCUGCCCCUGGGGACGCCGCUGGACGCUGACCUGAGCUACUCACUGCCCAAAGCAUCGGCCUUCUACCUGCGGGGCAGCGCUGCGAACCUGGAGGCCAAGCUCCGGGGGUUCCUGGCCCAGCCCAGCUCCUGGCCCAGCGUGGACGCCAUGACCCGAGUGUUCCGCUCCUUCCACACCCCCGUCACCGAGUACGUGCUGCAGCACUGGCAGGAGGACGCGUUUUUCGGGGAGCAGUUCCUGA